AUGAAGCCUUCCAAGACCUUCAUGAGAGAACUGCCUGUGACACCAGGCUACAGUGGCUUUGUGCCGUACCUCAGCUGCCAGGAAACCUCCAGCCAGGACAACAUAGACAGCUGUAUAAAAGCCUUCCAGGAGAAAACGCAGCGCCAUAAAGACAACAUGGAUCAAUUUCACUACUCAGUGGCCACCAGCCAGAAACUGAAGCCCGUCUGUUCGGAGGAGAGGGUCCUGCGGUCGCUGCAUGAUUAUGCCCGGCUCUAUCAUCCCCAUGACUCUGGGAAAUGUGGGCGUCUCUUUGCAGAGUACAAGAAUGUGAAGAAACCUCUCCAUGAGCCCCCGCUCCCCGGCUGGGCAGGUUACCUGCCUAGAGCCAAGGUCACUGAAAUUGGCUGUGCCACAAGGUAUACGGUCAUGGCAAAACACUGCUAUGAGGACUUUCUGGAUAUCAUAGAGCGGGAUACAAAGGCAAAGCAGAAGACAUAUGAGGAGUAA